AUGGCUUCUUUUAGCUCGGCCGCCGUUCCCUCCGCCGCUCCGGCCACCACCAACAAGACCAACACCUUGCCUCCGUCGCCACUAUUUUCUAAAACUUCUUCCCACCGAUUCAAGACUCAUGCAAACCAAACCCUUCGCUUCAAAAUCUCAUGCAAUGCUGCCGCAAAUGACGAUGAUAAAUCACUCAAUAACUCAGAAAUCCUAAAUCUCACACCCAAAAGAUCACCGGACAUGCAGAACGUGGACCGGAGAAACUUGCUACUGGGGAUCGGAGGACUCUACGGUGCCGCCAAUUACAUGACUUCCAUCCCGUCGGCAUUCGCCGCUCCUAUCACUGCACCGGACAAUAUUUCUGAUUGUAUUGCUGCCAAUGCAGGCAUAAGUGACAAGAAAGAUGCUGCAAGGACUUUAGCUUGUUGCCCUCCGGUGCUCUCAGAAAGUGCUCCAAAACGUUUCGUCUUGCCUAAGGGCGCCGUGACUCGUGUUCGACCAGCGGCACAGAGAGUCACCGACGAGUACUUGGCUAAGUAUAACGAAGCACUUCAGAAGAUGAGGGAUCUCCCAGACGAUGAUCCACGAAGUUUCAAGCAACAAGCCAUGAUCCAUUGUGCUUACUGCAAUGGCAGUUACCGACAAAAAGAGCAAGAUGGGAAGCCGAGGAAAGAAAUCCAGAUUCACAACUCCUGGCUCUUCUUUCCUUUCCAUCGCUGGUACCUGUAUUUCUACGAGAGGAUAUUGGGGAAGUUGAUUGAUGAUCCAAAAUUCGCUAUACCAUACUGGAACUGGGACAGCCCCACCGGAAUGACGAUACCUGCCAUGUUCGAACCCGACCCAGCAAAGGGAGACCCCAGAAAAAACCCCAUCUUUAACGCUUACAGGGAUGCCAAACACCUUCCACCAGUUGUCGUUGAUAUCGACUAUAAUGGUAAAGAGCGUGGUGCUUCUUGUAUAGACCAAAUAAGCAUUAAUCUGGCUGCAAUGUAUAAGCAGAUGAUCAGCAGCGCCACUGAUCCAAUAAGCUUCUUCGGUGGCGAGUACAAGGCUGGAGAUGACCCCGUUAAUAUGGGUUCUCCGUUGAUUGGGAGUAUAGAGAGUGGUUGUCACACGGCGGUGCACCGGUGGGUGGGUAACUCUAGAAUGCCAAACAAUGAGGACAUGGGAAACUUCUACUCGGCUGGUUACGACCCCAUUUUUUACGCUCACCACGCUAACGUCGACAGGAUGUGGAAAAUCUGGAAAGGUUUGGGCAUCAAAGGACACCAUGAUCCUACGUCCGAGGACUGGCUAGAGGCAUCAUACGUGUUUUAUGAUGAGAACAAAGAGCUAGUACGUGUCUACAACAAAGACUGUGUAGACACCGAACCAAUGGGUUAUGAAUACGAAACGUCCCGAAUCCCCUGGUCCAGGAAUCGACCUAUCCCACGUACCAAGAAGCCCAAGAUUGCAGCAAGGUCGGCCGGAAGAGUGAGGAAGGUGGAGGACGUGAAAUUCCCGUUGAAGUUAGACCAGACGGUGAAGGUACUCGUGAAGAGGCCUGCUGUAAACAGGACCAAAGAGGACAAGGAGAAGGCAACCGAGGUAUUGAUGGUGAAUGGAGUCAGAUUCGACGGUGAGAAGUUUGUGAAGUUCGAUGUGUUUGUCAAUGACAAAGACAAUGUACCAGCAACCACAGCGGCCGACAGUGAGUUUGCUGGUAGUUUCGCACAGUUGCCGCACAACAGAAGCUCGGAAAAGAUGAUGAUGAUGAGUGGGGCGAGGUUCGGGAUCACGGAGCUGUUGGAGGACUUGAAAGCUGAAGAUGAUGAGUACGUGGUCGUGAGUUUGGUGCCGAGGACAGGGUGCGAGGAUGUCACCGUUUCCGAGAUCAAGAUCGAGCUGGUUCCCAUUGUUUAAACCAUCAAUCAUGCAUGGCUCCAACAUCUUACAACACUUGCGAUUGAUAGAAAUAAAUUAGAAUGAACUCAAAUAAAUAUAUGUAAUUAACGAUUGUACAUACGUGAAUAAAUAGACCAUUAUUAUAAAACAAAA